CCAUUGAUGAUACGUUACGGUAGAGCUGAUAGAAAAACUUUUUUGAAUGUCUAAGAGCAUAAAAUCUGCAUUUUCCUUCUUUGUUCAACUCACAAGAAAGGAACGAUGGAAAGGAAAAAAAGGAUAUUCGUGUUUGGAAUCUACAGUUGGCUAUCCUUGUUCCUUUUUACUGCUCUUUCAAUGUUGAUAUUCCUUAAUUUACUCAAGCGACCUGAUCAUCUUGCGGUAACGGCGUUGAUGGCAGAUGGAAAAUUAUUAAGAAAGUCAUAUUGUAGUCGAGCUCGUGAAGUUCCUAAUACUUUUCCGUUUAGACACAUGAAUGCUUUCAACAGGAAAAGCAACAUGAGUAUACAAACAUUUCAUCCCCUAAUGGCUCAUCGGAUAUGUAUUAUUGGGGGGGGGUUGGCGGGGCUAUCUACUGCUUAUCAUCUUUUAAAAAAGUCGCCCUCUAGUGAUGUUACUAUCAUCGAUCGAAGUGUUCCUGGGACAGGUGGGGCUUCUGCCGUUGCCGGAGGGUAAGGUUUCGUAGACAUGAAUCUUUGGAAAGAUUAAAUGUUCAUAUAUAAAGAUACAACGCUAACGAUGAAGUCACCCCGUCUCUUCUACCAUAGAUUGCUGCAUCCCUUGAGCCCAAAGGGCAAAUUGGCGUAUAAAGGAUUCGAAGGCUUGGCAUCAUCCAACCAGUUAGUCCAAGCGGCAUCUCAAUUCGAAGAUAAUGUCGUAUUGAGAAAUAAUAUCUAUCGUGCCGCAACGACCGAAGCUCAGGUUGCUCAGUUUCAAAAGACAGCCUCGGAACUGCCCGACUUGGCCAAAUGGAUUACACCUGAUUCUACGAUUGAUCAUGGCGGUGGUAACGAAAAUUGGGAAAAAGAAUAUUUGAGUWGUGAAAACAAUGUGCUUGGCAUUCUUCGACUAUCCGGUGGUAGCAAGGUUGUGCACAUGCGAAGCUAUCUAAAUGGCCUUUGGUCAGCUUGCAAAUCCAUUGGUAGGGGUAAGACAGAGUGGGUUGUGCGUGAAGACGUCUAUGAGAUCGACAAUAACGAAUGGAAAGAGCUCCUGAAAGACUUUGACCUAGUUGUCUUCUCAGCUGGGUCAGGGCUAUUCGAAUCGGCCCUUUUGCACCAGGAUGAUUUCCCUAUUAAUUUAGUGCGUGGUCAAUCUAUAGAGAUGACAAUUAACAAUCAGAUACCGUGGAACGCAAUUUUGUGCGGURAAUACGUGUCUCCAUUAUUGGAGAGAGACCGCAUCCUAAUCGGUAAGCAUAGAAUAUGAAUCCUUCUACAUCUUGUUGCAAGAAAAMCCUCACAAUGUUAUAAAUUUUCGCAGGUGCAACCCACGAGUUCAAGGAAUUAGCACUAACUCCAGAUGAAGUUGAGGUUGAGCUUAAACAAAGGUCAUAUGGUUUUGCAUCAGAAGUAUGGAAUAAUGGAACGAUUGACAAAGUCACAUGUGGUUUUCGCGUGCAGAGUAACAGAGGACCGCGUGGCAGGCUCCCUAUCGUUGGAAGAUUUGAAACCAAUUACCAUCACAACUCUUGGGUCUUCACAGGAUUGAGCGGAAGGGGAAUGCUAUAUCAUGGAAUCUACGGCGAACUACUCUCAAAUCUAAUAUUGGAUGUAGAAGACGAAGAUAGUGAUCUUAAAGAGAAUUUAGAGUGGUGGCGAAAGUAGCUGAACAUGAAGAGCUCAGGUGCGCACCUACCAGACUAAGACAAACGAUUGCAUCGCUUAGCUUUUGUUUAGUGGUGCUAUACAUCUUCGAGACGUAAACGAGGAAGUACAUUCAUAGACUGGAGUUCCUGAAAGAGUAAUUUACAGGCAUAAGG